AUUCAUCCUACCUUUUCUAUCAACCCCACAAGCCUUUGGCACAAUGAAGUGGGUAACCUUUAUUUCCCUUCUCUUUCUCUUCAGCUCUGCUUAUUCCAGGGGUGUGUUUCGUCGAGAAGCAGGCAAAAGUGAGAUUAUUGAUCGGUUUAAAGAAUUGGGAGAGCCACAUUUCAAAGCCCUGGUACUUGUUACCUUUUCUGAGUAUCUCCAAAAGACCUCAUAUGAUGACCUUGCAAAAUUCACAACUGAAGUGACUGACUUGGCAAAAGCAUGUGCUGCUGAUGAUUCAGGGGCAGAUUGUAACAAACCACUUGACACUAUCUUUGGAGAGAAAACAUGCUCAAUUGCCAAUCUUCGUGAUACCUAUGGUGAUAUGGCUGACUGCUGUGCUAAACAAGAUGCUGAGAGAUUCCAUUGCCUCGUAAAGCACAAAGAAGAAAUGCCUAACCUCCCUGCACUUGACCUAAAACAUCCUGAGGCUUUGUGCACCUCCUUUGAAGAAAAUGAUAAGAAGGCUUUGGGACAUUUUUUAUAUGAAGCUGCCAGAAGACAACCUUACCUCGGUGGCGCAGGACUCAUUUACUUGGCUGAAAAGUAUAAGAGCUAUCUGACAGAAUGCUGUCAAGCUGCUGACAAAGGAGAAUGCCUGACACCAAAGAUUGAGAAUUUGAGGAUGAAAACAAAGUUUUAUUCUGCCAAGGAUAGACUCAAGUGUAGCAUUCUUGAGAAAUUCGGUGAAAGAGCUCUCAAAGCAUGGUUAGUAGCUCGUCUAAGCCGGCAAUUUACCCAUGCUGAAUUUACAGAAAUUACCAAGAUGGCAACAGAUAUUACAAAAAUGAACAAGGAAUCCUGUGAUGGUGAUCUGCUUGAAGAUGUACAUGACAGGGUAACUCUUUCCAAUUACAUUUGUGAUAAUCAAGACACAAUCUCCAAGAAAGUGGGGGAAUGUUGUGCUAAGCCCCCGUUGGAAAAAAAUCACUGCCUCGUUGAGGUGGAAGAUGACAAGCUUACUGACUUAUCAGCACUAACAGCCACUUAUGCUGAGGAUAAAGAUGUUUGCAAAAACUAUGCUGAGGCAAAAGAUAUCUUCUUGGGCACGUUUUUGAAUGAAUAUUCAAGAAGGCACCCUGAGUAUGGUUCCCUUUUGCUGCUGAGAAUUGCCAAGGUUUAUGAAGCCAAACUGGAGAAGUGCUGUGCUGAAGCUGAUCCUCCUGCAUGCUAUGGCAAAGUGUUUGAGGAAUUUGAGCCUCUUGUGACUGAGCCUCAGAAUGUAGUCAAGCAAAACUGUGAUCUCUAUGAGCAGCUUGGGGAAUAUAAAUUCCAAAAUGCACUUCUAAUCCGUUACACUCAGAAAGCACCCCAGGUGUCAACUCCAACUCUUGUGGAGGCAUCAAGAAACUUAGGAAGAGUGGGCACCAAGUGCUGUAAGCUUCCUGAAUCACACAGAAUGCCCUGUGUUGAAGACUAUCUGACUGCAAUCCUGAACACAGUGUGUGUGAUGCAUGAUAAGAAUCCAGUGAGUGAGAGAAUCACCAAAUGCUGCUCUGAGUCCUUUGUGAACAAGCGGGCAUGCUUUUCUGCUCUAUCAGUUGAUGACACAUAUGUUCCCAAAGAAUUCCAUGCUGAUACAUUCACCUUCCAUGCAGAUAUAUGCACACUUCCAGAGACUGAGCAACAAAUCAAGAAACAAACAGCACUUGCUGAGCUGGUGAAACACAAGCCCACAGCAACAAAUGAUCAACUGAAAACCGUGAUGGGGGAUUUCGUAGCUUUUCUGGACAAGUGCUGCAAGGCUGACGACAAGGAGGCCUGCUUCUCCGAGGAGGGCCCCAAAUUUGUUGCUGCAACUCAAGCUGCUUUAGCAUAAAAAACAUCACAAUCCCAAGUAUCUCAGGCUGACCAGAGAAGAAGAGAAAGAGACUAAGACUUUAUCCAUCUGUUUGUCUUUUCUGUUGGUGUAAAAUCAACACUCUAAGAAACACAACUUUUCUUCAAAUGUUUGACCUCUUUGCUCUAUGUUGAAAUUAAUAAAAAAUGAAAAGAAUCGAA